UUUGCGCAGUGAAGGUUGCCAUCUCACCUUUGGGUUCUUCUCGAAGCUCCAGUUUCCCACAGUGGAGGUGCCCUAGGGAGGAUUUUCAGCAGCCAAUUUUCUCGAUCGAGGUCGUCCAAACCCACUGCCACAAUUUCUCCCCCAACUGCCAUGUACAGCUCCAGUUACUCCCGGGCCAAGUUUGGCCUGGAGUCCAGGGAACCACUGCACCAGCGCAAGGGGAAGAGUUGCGGCUACUACAUGAGGAUCAUCUUCUUCUUCUCCUCUCUGAUCCAGUCACUCAUCAUCGUCAGCCUGGUGCUCUUCCUCAUCUACGGACAGCCGGAGAAGUCGGCACAAGAGAGGAAAGUGGAGGAGCUCCAACGGGGCUUCGACAGUCUCAGCGACAGCAUCAUCAAGCUGAGGAAGGAGAAGGGGGACCUGGGGGCACAGCUGGGAGCGUGUGUCGCCGAGAAAGCUGCUCUGAUGAAGGAUCUGGAACUCUUCAAGGCUGAGGCCAACAAAACAGAGCACCAAACAAAAAGCAAACUGUCAAUGUGUGAGCGGCAACUGUCUUUAACGCGAAGUCCAAUGAUAAGGUGUCCUCCAGCACCGCCCGCAGUUAUGAUGAAUAACGGUGGAGAGAUAAAGACUUUGCAGAGUCUCAACACGCAGCAGAAAGCUAUGAUCAAUCUCAUCGAAGCCAACUUCACCCAGAUGGUUCAGUACCUGAGCCACGAGAGAGACAACGCCAUCAAAGAGAGGGACACUCAGCACCAAGAUGCCAUCACACUGCGGAAGGAGAACGCCAUACUGAAUGAGCAGUUCACCAGCUAUACCAUAAAAUGCAAAGAGGACUUUGCUCUCUCUUUGGACGGAAUCAAGACAGUGACAACCGGCUUUUUGAACAAGAUCAACGACCUGUUUCCCCACCAGCUGACCUUCCACCUGACCUGCAACAGCCAGAAGGAGCAAAUGGAGAACAUCAGGAACAGCUGCACCAACUUGUCCAGAGAAAUAGAAAACAAGUUUCAACUGUAUUUGGACAACGUGGGCAACAAGGUCGCCACAAUUCAAGCCAUGUCCAGUCGUCUGGAGGUGGAAAAAUCACACCUGAAAUCCGACCUGAAACAGUGUGAGCAGAAACACAGCCAGACAACGGCAGAUCUGAACCAGCAGCUGCAGCUCAAGCAGAAGCAACAUGACGAGCAGAUGGAGCGGCUACUGCUUGAGCAGAACCGACUGAGAGAUCAGAAGAAACUGCAGGAGGAGAGUUUGGCUCUGAAAGAGACAGAGCUGCAGCUGCUGAGAUCACAGCCCAACUGUAAGCCCGGUCUGACGAAGCCUGGCGGACUGCUGACCAACCCACAACAGAACAAACAAAAUGGGGCAAACUGGCCUCAUGCAUCUGCACUCAGCAAGACUCCAACAGUGAGAUGAGAUGGACAAACUUCUGGUCUCCAGUCAUGGAUCGAGAGAAAGGAACGGACAUUCUGCCACAGAUUUCUACCACUCCACCACCAUCCUUCAGCAUGGUUUCGACUUCACAUGUGACUGUUUAACUCUCAGGUCCAGACCAGAAUGCGCUUCACUUUGUUGUACAUAUUUUGUUGUAACUCAUUGAAGUGCGUGUUGCUCAGACGCUGCGGUUGUAUUAGAAAGCUCUGCUGCAACAGAUGUUUAUAUUUCCUUCACAAUCACGUCAGCACUCACUUCAGUUGCCCAUCAAUUUUGUUUUUGGUCGCAGAUUUUCAACUAUGUAUAUUAAACUGGACUUUUGA